AGGCGGCAGCUCCAACCCGCCCACCUGGCCAGGUCCCGCGGCCCCAGCCGGAAGCUCCUCCACGGACUGUACACAGUUCCUACAGGUGUUUUCCCAGCUUGGAUACUCCACCCAGAUUGAGGUGCUCCGCCUGGAAAUAAUCUCCAGCCCCAGCUGUUCCUCCAGCAGGUCUCUGUGUCCUGGGGCUGCCUGGCAUCUGGAGGUCUCCGCGGAGCUGGGGCUCUUCUGGCAGAGGCCAGGGCUCACCGGUGUCUUCCGGCCCCUCCAUGAGUGAGGCAAACCAGACCCUGGUGGGCCCCUCGCAGCUCCCCACGGCAUCAGCCAUGUCUCCUGUACCGGGCAGCGGGGCCCGGGCAUGGCCUGUGCUGGUUGGGGUUGUGCUGGGAGCUGUGGUCCUCUCUCUCCUCAUCGCACUUGCUGCCAAAUGCCACCUCUGCCGCAAAUACCGCGCCGGCUACCAGCACCACCAGCUGCCCAGGACAGGGAAGGGGGUCCACCCGGAGGUGGGUGAAGACGAGGAUGAUGAUGGCUUCAUUGAGGACAAUUACAUUCAGCCUGGGGCUGGCGGGCUGGAGACAGAGGGUAGCACGGACCGCUUCUCCCUCUGAGCCCCACUCUCCGGAUACCCCACCCCAUGCCUGACAGCUUAAGGAUAGUGGUUACUACACGGGAGCCAUAAGCCUCAGGGACAGAGGUGGCUAGAGCUUGUGGGCUGACUAGGGGUAGAGCAAUCCUCCCUUCCCCGAUACUAGCCACUAAGGUGACAAUACCCUCUCUUAAUCAAUAACCCUCAAUGGCUCCCUGCUGUUCUCAGGAUAAAGC